AUGCAACAACGAACGGACCCAGGUUUAUCGGCGCUGCGUUCUAACGCCGGUUUCGCGUAUCCACGAUCGACUUCCAUUGCUUCUCAAUACCGGUUAAAUUUUUACAGAAUUUACAUAUAUUUUGGAAAUUAUAAACAAACGCAUCAUCACACUUUCAUCAUUUUACUUUCCAUAGCAUUGAAAAUAUGUAAUUGGAAUGUUUUUCAAUUGUCCUUGUAUAAUGAUGGUAUAAACCUUUUCAUUUCUAAUUGCCGCCAUGCUAUUGUACAUAUUGCCUUCACAGCGGAUAGGGCCCAAAGUGAUGAACAGAAGAAGUCCUCACCGACGAGCGUUAGCAUCGAUAAAAGUUCCAAUACAACACAAGAUAAAAUAAAUUCCGAUAAAACUUCAACAGUAGCCACUGCGAACUCUGCAGUAACUGCGACUUUGGCGAAUCAUGAAGCACCGGAGAAUGAAGUUACUACUGGUUUGAAUGGCCAAGCCGAGGCUAUUGCAGGCACCACACCAGUUAAAAUUUGCCUGUCGCGUCACAAUUCCACGCAUACAUCGAUAAAAAAGAAGGUGAAUAUCAGCUCACAUGCUGAAAUAAUCGAACCAGAUCCCCUGCCUCCGCCUCCAUACGAUCCCAUUGCAUUGGCUGUUGACGACGAUGAUGUCUUCUCCGAUUCACUGCCCCCGCCAAAACGUGAAAGCAUGUGCGCACCCUAUAUCGAGCCCAGUGAAGUUCCAGAGACGGCGGCAUAUGCCCAUGGGCUGCCCGAAUGGUUCAACGAUGAAAGAAUUAAUGACAUUAUUUGUUUAUGCAUAUGAAGUAAGGAAAAGUACCACGGACACACGCAAUACCAUAAUAUUUAAAAAAAUAUAGUUCGAAGUACAUAAGAGGACCAGGACGAUUUGCGUUAUAGAAACUCAGCAGCAAGUUUAGGUUCACAAUUGAAAAAUGUCACCUCAUUAACCCCUGCCAAGAUACAUACUGUUGUGUAAGUCUUCCAUGUACAUAAGUUACAGUCAAAUAAUUAAUAAUUUGCGAUACAAAUUCUUUUUGUGAUGAAAAACCGAAAUUUCGGCAAUGAUAGUAAGCGUUUGUUUCUAAAUAUAAUGUAUUGACAGUUAAAACUGAAUUUAAGGGCCUUAUUCUGUAUCUCGAACGAUAGGCAAAACGAACGAUUCGUCUGCAGACG